CUCUCUAAACAUGUUAGCAGUUUGAGAGUAACUGAAGGCGUGACUUAUCAGCAUUAACAGUUUUAGAACCACAAAUAACAGCUGAUAGUUCGGCACAGCGGUCUUAUUCAAUCGAGCAUGCAUUGCAUCAAAGUGGACAACUUUUUUUGUCAAGAAAAUUAGUGAAUAGACCUUUAGAAUAAAAUCGAAAUGUUUCAACCUUCUAAGCAGCAGAUACUACGCCUUUACAAACAUCUAAUACGUUACGGCAAUCAAUUGCAACUUACAGACAAGAACUACUUCUUGGGUCGCAUACGACGCGAAUUCAGAGAGGGUCGUGGACUAAGCGAUCCAGUGCAAAUAGAAUUCAAUUUCAAGCGUGGUGAAACGCUUUUGCGGAAAGGACGCAUCCUUUAAAUUGUUGCUUAACAGCAGCAAUGUUGCAACGACUGUUAGGAAGAGCUGUC